GGGUGUGACUAAGCGCGUAGCUUAAGCUUACAGUCAGUUUGGUUUGAUGCGCUAGAAUCGACCUAUAUACACUACUACUUUUGGUUCAAACACUACAAACUUAGCUAUUCAUUUUCAGUCCGAUUGCCUCACAAGACUCAGCAUGUUUAAUUUUGCUUUGGUCUUUGCCGCAUUUGCCUGUUUGCUGCAGAACAGUUACCCUCUUAAAUGUUAUACUUGCUCUGACAAAUCGGAUUUAGUAACAGCUGUAAGUCUCCGACGAACUGGAAUGUAUCAGAUUGCUCGGAAAGGCCAGGAGGAAUGGACCGUUGCAUUGUUCAUAGAGACAAUAAUGUAAAGGAUAAUGGGGUCAAAGUUACGGAAGACGUACGUGACUGCGUUCCUGCUGCUAAAUGUGUACUUUCCUGGCUAUAUUGCGAAGCCUUGAAGAAGCACAGCGGUAGUAAAGACAGGUGUGACAGCCGGUGUUGUAAAGGCAAUCUAUGCAACAAGGGAAAAAUCGAACCACCGAAAUAUGAAUUCUUCAAGCCUUCAGGCAAAAACCUUACUUGCUAUACAUGUUCUGACUUUCCAGCGGGAACCCGUUUAGCUGACAGCCCCGAGAAAACCGUUCCAAGAAGCUGUACCAGCCCCAUCAAGCAAAUAUGUGGUCGUUUUCCAAAGAUGACACAUGUGAUGCAAGACCGAUGUAUCACGUUGAAGGUGAAAGCAGUCGUGGAAAACAAGGAAUUCGACUGGACAUAUCGUGGCUGCAGCAGUAUAUAUCAUUGUAGCUUUACUGAAGCGCUGUGGCGUCAUGAGCUGAACAAAACAAGUGAGGAGGACGGCACAGGUAUAACCUAUCUGUCGGGCAAAUCUUCUUGCUGUCAUGGUAACCUCUGUAAUAGCACUACUGAUAACAUUAGAGUACAUAGUGCUGCCAUUACCAAUGUCGAGCACCUGUCAACCGGUUUGGCCUGUUUUCUUUGCUUUGUUUCAAUGGCAAUGAUCAAGGCUCACAUUGGUUGACGGGGGAGAGACCACAUGGGUAAAUAAACCCAUAUACUGGUAUGACAUUUACGAAGAUCGCUCCAUGCAUGUGCUCUGAUUAUCUAUGUGAGGAUCUCGUUUAGUCAUGGUAUAUGUAGAGUGAUAUUUGACUAAUAGAUACUAAUAGAUUCUAAUUCCAUUGUUUUCUUUUGUGUCUAUUUGACUAUUACAUGUUUGACUAGUAUUCUAUUUCACCCGGGUUAAAUGCCUUUACUCUACUGAUACGGAUAUAUAGCUAAUUGACCUAAAUUCAAAAGAAAAUGAACUAAGGUCAGGAAUCCGAGCGCCGUAUGAUAAGCACUCUUUGAUGCUAUUUUUAUUAUGUUCGAUGCUAUUUUUAGAAUCAUUUAUUUGAUUGUUUGUUUUCCUGCGCGCGCCAGCUGCGUGCGUUCUACGCUAUUUGCUCAUAUUUUCUCGUGUUUUUCAAACAAAAAAACCUGAACAAACAGCGUAGAGCGCGCAUAGUGUGAGCGUACAGAAAAACAAACGAUGGCAUCAAACGGUGUCUAUGAUGCUUCGUUUAUUUCAUCUUGCCUAAUUGCAUAUAAUCAUUGUUGUGUUGAAAAUCUUAAAAUUUAGAACAUAAACAUUCAAGCAAAGCUAGGCCACAGGGAUGCAUGAAAAAGCUGUUGUUUUAUGUCUCACUGAAUCAAUGUGAACAUUUAUCAAUAACAGAACUCGAUUUAGAUGAUUGUAUUCAUAUUAAUGAUUAAUAAAUACUAUCACAUCCCGA